CACAGUCGUGUUUGGGGUGUAUUUAAUGUCGAAGCUAUUUCAGUGAUACCCGUCAAUUGUGUACAAAAGUAUUUCAUAGUCAAUUCUUGCCUUCCAUUUAGAUUCUAGUAUCCAAUUGGCUCACUCAUCUUAAGUAACAUCUAUAUAUUUGAUUUUGUAUGUAAUACAUAAAGAGGCUUUACAAUAUCGAAAUGUGCAAGAUCUUAUGAAAGCCGGUAGCGUCAGAGGCGCCAAAUCUUUUCCCGUGGCGUGUGUAAGUUACGUAACUGUUCCGGGCAAAAUCGAUAAUCGAGGCGUAUAAAUAGCGAACUAAAGUUGAAAACAGCUGGCCGUCCGCCAGCCAUGCAGCCUUCGAGAAUGCGAAAACCUCGCCGACACCGAUGGUUGACGGUGUCGGUGUUCUUCAUCGCGUACUCCGUAUUCCAAGCUGUGUUGAGCAACGCAUCCGAACCGGUCGACCAGAUGGACAAAUCACCAGAACCUGGCAAAGUGUCACCAGCUCCUGAGAUGGCGACAGCGACAAAAGUUGAAGGUCCUAAAGUGUCAGACGUGACACCAAUGACGUCGAAUAAAGAAGAAAAUACAAAAGUAGAUGGUAAGAAAGCUAUGAAGGGUCUAGAUGUCGAAGUAGAUGAGGGUGAAAAGAAGAAACAGAAGGACGCAGGUUAUGAGGAUGAUAAAACUACGAUAGAGAUUCGCGACGAAGAAGAAAAAGAAGAAGAAAUCGAUGCUAUACCGACCGUCCAUCCUCUCCGGAACUGCACACCACCAGCUAUCGAACAGUUUCCGCGGCCACUUAUGGGUCAGACUGCACGCCGACACGGCGGUCUCAUCCUCCACAUCUUAGUCGCGGUUUUCACAUUCAUCGGCUUGGCAAUAGUCUGCGAUGAAUAUUUUGUCUCAAGUUUGGACAGGAUCUGUGAAGAAUUGAAACUCACUCCGGACGUUGCUGGUGCGACGUUCAUGGCUGCGGGCAGUUCUGCCCCUGAACUUGCUACUGUGGUCAUCGGUGUCUUCUGUGCACAAGAUGAUAUCGGCGUGUCCGGCGUUAUCGGGUCGGCGGUGUUCAACAUAAUGUUCGUGAUCUCGGUGUGCGCGCUGUGCGCCGGCACCGUGUCCCAUCUCAACUGGUGGCCGCUCUGCCGCGACUGCUUCUUUUACGCCGUCUCCAUUCUCGUCAUGCUCUGCACCAUCGCCAAUGGUUACGUGUCCUGGCCUGAAGCGUUGUUCAUGCUGAUAAUGUAUGGCGUAUACUGCGUAGCGCUGAGGUUCAACAACGCCUUAGAGAGAUGGGCCUUGACCCUCCCGUUGCCGUUCAAGCUGCCUUCGAGGGAAGAACAAGCGGCGCUCGUUACUUACAAAAGUGCAGGUGGUCAGCCACCGAGCGCGCCUGCAGCGGAAGGCCAGUACACGCAAAUGGAGGGACAGGACAACGACACAACGAAGGAGCCCGCUGCGUACAACCCUGAUGGGGCGUAUGACAACGCAGCGUACAAUGCGGAUCCUACUGCCGUCUGGGACCCGAGCCACGCCUGGGAUCCGGACCGAGCUUGGAACGAAACCGCACUGCAACAACCCGCAACCGCCGCGACAGGCUGGGGCGACUCCGCGUCGCCAGCGCAGCCCGGCCCGGCCGCGCCCGCUCCGGCCGCAACCGGACCGGCGACGCCCGGAUCACAGCCCGCGCCACAGGCACCAGCGCAACAGGCUUACUACAAAGCCAAGGAAUACAAUCCUGAAACAGCCAUCGAUCCUCUUGUUAAGCCUAUCGGAGCCAAUGUGGUGCAGCUGGCGUGCUGGUACGUGGCCUACCCCGUCCAUUGGUCAUGUCGCCACACGAUGCCCGACUGCCGUGGUCGGUGGUAUCCCAUCACGUUCAUCAUCUCUAUGCUCUGGAUCUCUUUCUACUCCUACUUUAUGGUGUGGAUGAUAACUAUUAUUGGUUACACACUUGGCAUUCCCGAUACGGUGAUGGGUCUGACAUUCGUGGCUGCAGGUGUCUCCGUUCCAGAUGCACUCUCCUCCCUCGCAGUCAUCAAGGAAGGUUACGGUGAUAUGGCAGUUUCAAACGCAGUCGGCUCCAACGUUUUCGAUAUUCUAGUCUGCCUGGGCUUGCCCUGGUUCAUUCAGACCGCUAUCAUUCAGCCCGGCAGUCAUGUUAACGUCAUUAGCAAAGGUUUAAUCUACUCAACGCUGUCUCUGUUCUCGACGGUUAUAUUCCUCGUGGUAGCGACACACGCCAACGGCUGGAAACUCGACCGCAAGUUCGGCGCCGUACUGAUGGUGUGGUAUCUUCUGUUCAUAACCCUCGCGAGCCUCUACGAGCUCAACGUCUUCGGUAACUACCAUCCACCAGACUGCGAGUCCAUUUAUUAAUUACUUAAAACAUUUAUAACUAAUACUUAUUCUUUGUAUGAAGAAACUUUGCUUCGAAUUUAAUGAUUUAUAUGACACGUGUUACAGUGUUACCAGCGUUAAUUUUUCUUUUAAUUAUGUUCUUAACUUAUUCUAGUCAUUGAAUUAAUUUAUAGUUUUUUUUUUAUAUAUUUAAGAAGUAAAUAAAAAACAUGUUUUACAAAAGACCCUGAUAAGCAAAGUUUCUUGUCCUUGCAAACAAGUUAUCCGUUAAAUAUAUUUACAACUGUUGACAUGUCAUUAGAUUAGAUUUCGAACUCUCUCGUUAUGUCGUAUAUUGUGUGUAUGGUGAACUUUACACUUUAAUUUAUUUAAUAUAGCUUAUU